CUUCCAACCCUAAGCCGAGGAAGCGCAAGGAGCGCACUGAGGAGAGGGUGGAGAUGACGGAGAAGGCCUUGGCGAAGGCCCGAGCCGAAACGGAGGCCUCGGCCAAGAAGGCGAGGCAAGAGCCUUCCGUGGAGGUGAACAGCCCUCGCCAGGCUUCUAGGGAUGACAAUACCCACAUCUCCCUUCAUCCGGAGGACUUCGAGCCUGUGCGCAGUCCGAGCCAUGCACAGGGGACCUCGCAUACCGAGCAGACCUUAUCCGAGGCGCCGGUCCCCUUUACUCAAAUGUCCAAGACGGACAAGAGAGAACGGAUUGCCAGUGCCUUGGAGAUACUGGUUACCCAAACCGACCGAGAUCACAUCAACGCGGUAAAUGGGAGAAACGAAUCGAGCGAACUCUUUCGCUCCUAGAUGGACUUUUCCAUCCGGAUGACUAAAGUGGCCGAGGACCGGCUCGCUUUAGUACAAGAAGUCCAGGAGCUGAAGGACGCGGCUCGGUCACAUUUUGACGAGCUAUACCGAGCCAGAGAGGACAAAAGGCUGGCCGAGCUGCGCAAAGAAGAGGUGGAGGAGAAGAUCCGGAAGGGCGAGGAGGCCUGGCAGAAGGAGCAGGAGGAGUGGAAGGAAGAGAGAGCCAACCUCUCCUUGGCUAAGGAGAAUGCUGAGUCGGCCAAGGUCACGGCCGAAACUAAGCAGGCUCAGGCCGAGAAGGAGUUGGAGGAAGUCAAGCUCAAGCUCUCUGCGGCCGAGGCCCAAUUAAAGGAAGCUCAAGCGGCCGUUCUCGCUCUCAGGAGGAGUGGUUCAAAGCCUGACAGGAGUCGGACGACUAUGGGCGAGGACGAGGCGCUCUCCAAGCUGAGGGAAGCCUUGGCCGACUCCUGCCCCGAGGCUGACUGGAAUUCAGUCUGGUCUCGCUAUCAAGAGUUGGCUGAGGCCGAAGCAGCCGAGAUCAAAGCCAAGAUGGCUGAGGAGGUGAGCUCGGAUGAUGAGUCUGACGAUGACGAAGAAGAAGAUGCUGCUAGCACCGAGCCACCUCCUACCGAGCAGCCUGCUGCUGAGCAACCUGCUGCUGGUCCUUAG